AUGACGGGUGACGAUGCAUCGCGCGCGCGAACGCAGGCGCUCGCGGAUGCGCUCAGUAAGGUGGAUCAAGGCGGCGACGGCGCGAAGGCGCUGCUAGAUACGACCAAGGCGCUCACGACUCGGUUCGUGAUGACGCACGAGAGUAAGCGGGUGCGCGUGCUCACAGCGCUAUGCGUUUCAGAUAUCAUGCGCGUGUGCGCGCCAGACGCGCCUAUCGAGGGAGACGAGGCGAUGCGGGACGUGUACGAAUUGUUUCUGGAUGCGCUGGGAAGUUUGAAAUCCAUUGAGAGCGAAGAAUUCGAGUCAGCCAAGAGUCUGUUGAUGAACAUCGCGAACAUCGGCCUGUGCGUUCCGAUGUUGGAUCUAGAGUGCGACGGCGCGGAUACCCUGGUGCGGGACCUGUUCAGAGUGUUGUUGGACGCGGUGAACGCGUCAAACUCGACGACGGUGACGGAGGAAAUCUCAAAGGUUUUGACGACGAUGAUCGAGGAGAGUUGCGACGAGGAUACGCCAGUGCCGGCAGACAUUGUCUUCGAGGUGCUCUCGCGCUUGAUCGAUCCUGUUCGAACGGAGAACCCGGCGUCGUACAGGUUAGCGGUGGAGCUUGUUCGAAAGUGCGAGCACCAGCUGCACACGCCAAUCCAAAAUUUUUUGACAGAGGCCAUGCACGGGAGCGUUGACGAGGACAGUGCACUGGCUCCGCUGAGUAAGCGACACGUCGAUGUUAUCGAGGAAAUCGCAGUGUGCGAUCCUACGGCGCUCGUCACCGUGUGGCCGUCCGUCACUGAUGACUUGCAAGCGGAUGACUUGAGCGUGCGCCUGCGCGCGGUGAAACUCUUCGGUCGAGUAUUCGCCUUUGCGGAAUCUAGAACGGCUGAAGAUUAUCCACAUCUUUUGCUCGAGUUCGCUCGAAGAUUCAACGACAAGGCGGUUGAGGUUCGUCUCGAGAUGGUGAAAUGGAGCCCGAAGUUCUUGAAGUCACGCGUUGAUCCGCAUGCUGAGCUCACGUCUGUUCCCGCCGCCACCAUCGUCAAGCAACUGCGAGAGCGCCUGCAUGAUUUUGACGAGAGCGUUCGAUCAACGACGGUGAGCGUGCUCUGCGAUUUGUUGGACGCGCCGACGUCGACAGAUCUGUUCCCUCUCGAGUUCCUGCUCGAAAUAGGCGAACGCAUCAAGGACAAGAAAUCGAGCGUGCGGAAGGUCACGUUGAAGCGCUUGUGCAUCUCUUACCGUGCGUACGCGCAGCGUUGCUCGGAUGAUGCGCCUGCUUGGGAGACCAAGCGUUUCGACUGGAUCCCGUGUGCCCUUCUUCGCGCCAUCACUAUUCCAGACGUACGUCUGCAUGCGGUGGAACCGGUACUGGCGUCAAUGUUUCCUGCGAAGAUGUCCGCAGAUGUGCGAAGCACGUUCUGGUUGCGGGCACUGAAUCUCGCUGAUGCAUUCACAAUUCGAUGCUUGAAGCACUUGCUGCUCGCCAAGGCGCAAAUGCAGGCCGAUAUGCGGGAGUAUAUGAUGAUUCGUUCGAAACUCAGCGGUAUGAACAAGAAGGAUGGGGAAGCGGCGCUGGCAAAGAUUUUUGACGCCAUAAAAGUGCACUUUUCUGAUCAACACAAGGCGAAAGAUGCUAUGAUGUCGCUGCACGCGCAGAAAGAUGGAAAUAUUUUCAGAUGCAUUCAAACGAUUUUGAACCCGGAGACGGCCUUUGCGGACGCGGUGAAAGCUGAAGAAGACGCUAUCAAGCGAGCGAAAUCGAGCUCUCAAGGCGUUGAUUUGGACUUCAUCAAGGCUCUUUUGCUUAAGAACCAAUCUGCGCCGUUCGGACGAGAGCAUGUCCGCGGUACGCUAAAGGCUGCGUGUAAAGCCACUCGAUCGACGCAAUCGUCCAAAACGUCCACUGCGCCGCAAGCUGUGAUCGUCGCUCUCGAGCACUUGUGCGUUCUUGCCGAAACUUUUCCAAAACUUUUCUCGGGCUGCGGCGAUGAGGUGGAUGAGUUACUUGACGCUAAAGAUAAACAAACGGUCACCUUGACGUGUAGAAUUGCUUCAGAAGCGGCGAGUGCACUGAAGUUGACGCCGCGUCGUGGAUCGAUCUGGCAAAAGCUCAAGGCAAAGUGUUCUCGAGGCGAUCACGAACAGGCUAAGCUGGCGAUCAAGGCUCUCGGGCUCUUACAAAAGGGACUCGAUGAGCAGAUCGAUUCGACCGAUGCUCUCGCUGGCGCCACAGCUGGACAACUUGCCGAGGUGUACUUUGAUAUGGUCGAGAUGCUCGCGGAGGACCUGGUUUCUGAUCAAGAUUUGCCGGCGGUGCUGGGUGCGGUUGGUACUAUUGGUCGCUUCCACCAGCAAACAUUCAUGUUACAACUCGCUGAGGUCGAACAGUACAUCACACACACACUUUUGAUGCGACCACCGACGAAAGGACGAGUUGCCGUCGGUGUCGUGAGUGAUCUGGCGCAUCUACAAGCUUACGGUUUGAAGGCUCUCACCAAAGCUGCCGCGCAUCGCACGGCCGCAGACACCGUCGAAUCGUCGUUUACGACGCGAGUCAUCGAGUUGCUCCACAGCUACGCCGAACCGAAAUCAUACGUUGAAGCGGGGAUCUUCGAAGAUUAUGUCAGCGCGGAUGCGAUGCACCUACGGUUUACGGCGUGCAAGGCGAUGCAGAUCAUCUCUCGCUACGCUGCGAUCGGCUUAGUUAAGCCAGACGCGUGGGUGUGCGUGUCCAUGUUCUUGCAUGAUUGCGAAUCGGCGACAAUGCGUUAUGAAAUGAUCUCCGAGCUUAAGGCUGGCCUCGUCGUUAGACCGAACGAACGCAUGCUACCGAUGAUGUGGGCUGCUACUCUCGCUCUCGCUCUUGUGGACAAAGACAAGAGUGUCCGCGAUUUGGCGAACGAUUCGUUCGCUAGUUGGGUUGCCACACAACGUCAGCGCUCUGCAGCAGUGGCUGAGCAAGCAGCCACAAAUAAGUCGAAGGACGGCUCAAAGUUCUUGUUGGUGCACAUGCCCGAGUACGUGCUCGUGUACAUGGUAUUCCUUCUUACACGUCACCCGCUCGCGCCGAAAACCGCUGAAGAAGGCAUGGAAGAACGUGGUCAGAGGUGGCGUCAAGUCCAGUUAAUCGUCUCCGCAGCCGUCUCUAUCCUCACGAAUGGUACGAAUGGUGAUGCUAUUCCUGUCACGUGCAAGAUGCUUCGACGUUUGAAGACGACGCUAGACAAGGUUAACCCUGGCAACUCGGAACUGAUGUAUUCGUUGAGCGACUUGGUCCUUUUCAUCGUGGUGGACCUCGCGGGAGCCAAGGGGUGGGAUGCCAGCAAGUUUCCAGGUCACGUGGUCUAUCCGACUCAAUUGUUUAAGACGACGCCGUUCAUGGCGAGUGGUCCGCCCGCGAAAGAGGGAGCACAACCUGGACUUGGCGACUACUCGCAUUUGCCUCGUGGCUACGUCAUCGUGCGUUCUGUGCCCAUCGCCUCGACAUCGAACAAAGCGGAUCCAAAGCAAGCGCAGAAGCGCCCGCGGCCGAAGAGCACCAAAUCAACGGCAAUGGGUGGAAAAGGUAAGCCGCUCAAGCAGACCAAGCUGUCUUUCACUGCGGGCACUCGAGCGAUGCCGGAACGAGGGGCUCGUCGAGAGCCCAUUGUGGACGUGGUAGAUGGAGACAUCGAGAACGAGUUCGACGAAGAAGAUGAGAGCGAAGACGAUUACGAACACGUCGACACAAACACAGCGCUCGUCGUGGUUUCGUCUCCUCCCACUUCUCCCGGACCUUUGUCGGAAAAUAUGACGGCGAGUACUCCCGCUAGAAAUCGAAGAGUUGACAAGGCGACGAGGGGCGACGUGCAGAUGACAGCCGCCGUGGAUGUCGACAUAGAUCCGGAGGAGAAGCGUUCUAGACGGCGUCGACGUUGA